UUUCGUCAGGUAAGUGUUACGGCGGAGGUACGGACCUUUUCCAGCUUCAGCGUGCCCAGUACUCUCGCUCUACGCCACUUGGGGACACUUGCCGUCUCGGAGCUUUUAUUUAUGAACUAAAGCUUUAAAUUCAAAUCAUUGAGCAAAAUGGAAAAUUCUGCAAAAACAGAGGAUUGUGAAAAGAUCUUUGUAGAUGAAGAGGUACCUGUGGUUUCCAAAACAGAACUCUCUGUCAGCGUUAAUGAAAUUGAAUCCUCUGGUGGAAAGGACACUGACAGUGUUCUGGAAGGCACACCAAAAAAAAGAAAACUAGAGUUUCAGGAUGAUCCUGAAGUUAAGACUGCCAGUUGUGGAGAGGGCACUCCAUCAAAGACAAGAAAGUUAGAUAAUGAAAUUAUUCGUGAGGAAAGAGCUGCAGCAGGUGAUGAAGAAGGCAUUUCUCGAAUGACAAAGUUAGAAACUGAUGAUAAUCCAAAAGAUGAUACUUCUAGUUGUGGAGAUGGCACUGCUUCAAAAAAGAGAAAAUUGGAAGGUGAAGAUGUUCCUGUAAAAUGCACACAUUUAGAAGAAGGACAUGGCUCAGUGGUAGCUGCUCAUUACAAUGAGCUUCAGGAGGUUGGCUUGGAGAAACGAAGCCAGAGUCGUAUUUUUUACCUUCGAAACUUUAAUAAUUGGAUGAAGAGUGUCCUCAUUGGGGAAUUUUUAGAAAAAGUGCGACAGAAAAAGAAACGUGACAUCACUGUGUUGGACCUGGGAUGUGGGAAAGGUGGAGAUUUGCUCAAGUGGAAAAAGGGCAAAAUUAGCAAACUAGUUUGUACUGAUAUUGCUGAUGUUUCCAUCCAACAGUGUCAGCAGCGCUAUGCUGACAUGAAGAAUCACUGUCGUGACCAUGAGUACAUUUUCAGUGCAGAAUUUGUAACUGCAGACAGCUCAAAGGAGCUCUUGGCAGAUAAAUUUCGUGAUCCAGAGAUGUGCUUUGACAUUUGCAGCUGUCAGUUUGUAUAUCAUUAUUCAUUUGAGACUUAUGAACAGGCUGAUAUGAUGCUCAGAAAUGCUUGUGAGAAACUUUGCCCUGGAGGAUAUUUUAUUGGUACUACACCAAAUAGCUUUGAGCUCAUAAAACGGCUUGAGGCAUCAGAAACAGAAUCAUUUGGAAAUGAAGUCUACACUGUAAGGUUUCAGAAGAAGGGAAAAUAUCCUUUAUUUGGAUGCAAAUAUGAUUUCAACUUGGAAGGCGUUGUGGAUGUUCCAGAAUUUUUGGUUUAUUUUCCUUUGCUUAUUGAAAUGGCAAAGAAGUAUAAUAUGAAACUAGUUUACAAAAAGACAUUUUUGGAAUUCUAUGAAGAAAAGAUCAAGAAUGUUGAAAACAAAGUGCUUCUAAAACGAAUGCAGGCAUUAGAGCCAUAUCCAGCCAAUGAGAAUUCUAAGCUUGCCUCGGGGAAUUUGGGUGAUUAUGAACAUGCUGCAAAGUAUAUGAAAAACAGUCAAGUUAGAUUACCUUUGGGGACCUUAAGUAAAUCCGAAUGGGAAGCUACAAGUAUUUACUUGGUUUUUGCAUUUGAAAAGCAGCCGAGAGCAUAAAACUGAUUUAGUCAAGAAGAGUGGUUUAUCCCACUUUGUACAGAAGUGGAGGAUUCACAGUCAGCGCUAACAGCUUUGUUUUAAUUUUUUUCUUUCCUUUUUAAAAAAAAAAUUUUCUCUUUCUUUUAAAAAAAAAUUGAUGUGAACAUGUAGGACCUUGCCAAGAACUAGUGCAAAGACAUGUGUCUGCCCUCCAGCUCCUGACUCUGGCAGAUAAAUUUUUGUGUGUGAAUUAAAAAAAAAAACAAGCUUGAACAUUCAUCUCUUUAAAACAGUUUGCUUUCAGAAAUGGUCAGGGAAAAUAACCUAUUUGACUUUUCACUGAUCGGUAGCCUUCAAAAGUUAUGUUACAGUACAACUUGUUAUUAAGGCAGCUGAGCCAUUACCGCGAUGCCCCAAUUUGCUCAGUAAUGUUUACAGUAUUAAAUUUUGAGACUGUAGGAUGUGGGGCAAGAAAUUUUAAGUUGUAAGUGUGUGCACGCACAUGUGUGUGCUUGCUUAUGUGUAGUCUUGUUAUGUUGUUUUCAACAUUAAAUGGUUUUGCAUUCUGUACAGUUUUGAA